AUGGACAUUCACGUGGACCAGUAUCGCGCGGCCGGGCCCGACUUGCGCGUGUACGGCGGCCUCGACUACUUCACGCAGUUCAACAAGAAGAUAGACACGUAUUAUCUGGAGCAGGGACAGCCAAAGCCAAUAUGCAGUGGCGUGACCAAGGUACAGGCGUUUACAGCGGACAACGAGGACCAAGAUGCGGACAAGCAGCACUCGGUCGACAAGCAGUACAAGGACAGCAAGAACAGCAAGUACAUCAUGGACGCCGAUGAGUGA